CCCUCCACAUCGCCGACGCCGCGCGCGUCCACUGUAUCACCCCCACCACCACGCGAAUUGCCGCCGCCGCGUUCCGCCGCGCGCGCGCCCGCCCUUCCACCGCCAUGAGAAAAGCCGCGGUGGCUCUCAUGGCGAUCGCGCUCGCCCUCGCCCUCGCCGUCGCCGCGGCCGGGGCCGGGGCCGAGGCCGAGGCGGUCGGCGUAAGGAGGAGCAGGUUCCUGGCGAGCAAGAAGUCGCCGCCGCCGCUGCCGCUGUCGUACUACAACUGCAGGAGGAAGCCGCCGUCGGUGUGCCUGGAGCGCGGGAGCCCCGGCGCGACGUGCUGCAAGGGCCACUGCGUCGACACGAGGUCCAGCAUCGCGCACUGCGGCCGAUGCCACCACGUGUGCAAGCACGGCAAGACCUGCUGCGGCGGCCGCUGCGUCGACCUCCGGAAAGACCGCAAGAACUGCGGCGACUGCUUCGUCCACUGCCCCAAGAAGUGCAGCUUCGGGAUGUGCGACUACGCCGGCUGAUCGGCCGGCGGCCGGCCGGCGACCACGGCGGCGUGUGCAUUCAUGUACGUGCGUGCGUGCGAGGCAGCCAAAGGCGACGCAGCAGACAAAUUCCUUACACAUCCAUCGAGAAAUAAAAAUGGCAGUACGUAUAUACGACGUGAGUGCAUAUCUUAUAUACAUUCCAAAUUGUUUUAAAACAAUAUUUCAAUUGUUGAGCUCCUGAAAUACAAGUAUACAUACACCAAAAAAAUACAAGGGAUCGAUCGAGUUAUACAAAUUAAGAAUC